GAGUGAGCCGCUAAACCCGCAUGCGAAGUUUUAAUGGAGCUCUAGAGAACGAAUAUCUUUACGUCUCACCCUCACAACAUGAUUAGCGUCGCCGCCCGCUGGACUGCUGCUCCGUCUUGAGAGUUGUCCAACCGGCUGUCAGACAAACGUAUUAGUCACAACGCUGACAAGUGUGACAUUGUGAACAGCUUCAUGUCGGACCCUUUGUUCAACUUUAUUUAACGUUUAAUCUGUACGGCCGAGGAUGGGAGUUUUUUGUUUUUUUUACUUUUUAUUUUUAAACACUAAUUCGAUGUAGUUCGUCGGUCUCCACCUGUCUUAUGCUACAUCAAGCAGCUAAUAGCUAGCGUCAACGUUAUGGUUGAUUGCUAGCAUUGACAAAGUUGACAGUUUUCGCCACAACUUACCUACUUUUGGAAGGAUCAUGGGAAAGCUGGAGCCUAUCAGAGAUGACAGGGUGAAAGGCAGUGUGCACCAUGGACAGGGAAUCAGAGUAUCCAGAGAAACCCCAAAUGAUAUUCCAGAUUUUACUUGGAGCCAGUGCAGGGAGGCUAGUACAGGAGAAAUGUCGUGUCUCCGAGUUCUUGUCAGCACACAUGCCUCAGCAGGACGGUUGGUAGGUCAUCAGCAUGUUGCAGUGAGCGAUGCAAUUGAUGAUAUUAGGGAUGGCCAUCUUGGGGGCGCAGGCCUGCUCCGACUCGCAGAGCUGCGCGACAACGUUGGCACCCAAUUCUACCUCCAAAGACUACUGCUACUCUGCCAGAAUUCGCAGCACAGUGCUGCAGGGCUUACCUUUUGGUGGUGUACCGACUGUACUUGCCCUUGAUUUUAUGUGCUUUUUGGGGUUGCUAUUUGUGUUCUCCAUCUUGCGAAAAGUAGCAUGGGACUACGGACGCCUCGCUCUGGUGACCGACGCUGACAGGAGAAUGGAUCAGCGUUACAGUCGCCUGGAUGAACGGGAAUAUGUGUCUGCUGCAAUGACAACAGAGACACCUGAACGCUAUGAGCGCCUCACAUCAGUUUCCAGCUCAGUGGACAUGGAUCAAAGAGACACAGGCUUCUGCUCCUGGCUUACUGCCAUCUUCCGCAUCAAAGACGACGAGAUAAGGGAAAAAUGUGGCGAGGAUGCAGUAUAUUAUUUGUCCUUCCAGCGGCACAUCAUCGGCCUACUCGUAGUGGUGGGCGUGCUCUCAGUGGGUAUAGUUUUACCUGUAAACUUCUCUGGAAAUCUACUUGAGAAUAAUGCAUAUAGUUUUGGGAGAACUACAAUAGGGAAUCUGGAUGCAAAUGAUCCACUUUUGUGGCUCCACACCAUAUUUGCAUUCUUCUACCUGUUACUGACAGUAUACAGCAUGAGACGACACACUUCCAAGAUGCAUUAUCGAGAAGAUGAUCUGGUAAAACGGACUCUAUUUGUUAAUGGAAUCUCCAAAUAUGCAGAGGAAACAGACAUAAAGCAACACUUUGAGCAGGCAUAUGAAAACUGUACCGUGCUGGAAGCUCGUAUCUGUUACAAUGUGGCAAGGCUAAUGUAUCUCAACUCUGAAAGGAAGAAGGCAGAGCGCAGCAAGAAAUUCUUCCUUGAUCUGCAGGCUAAAGAGCACAUCACCACCAUGAUAAACCCAAAGCCGUGCGGACAUCUUUGCUGUUGCAUCAUCAAAGGUUGCGAACAGGAAGAAGCAGUGAGUUAUUAUACCAAGCUGGAAGCCCAAUUGAAAGAUGGCUCCAGGAAGGAGAGAGAGAAGGUCAACAGGAAACCCUUGGGAAUGGCAUUUGUCACCUUUCAAAACGAGUCCAUAACUGCUAUUAUCUUGAAGGACUUUAAUGCUUGCAAAUUUCAAGGCUGCCACUGUCGCAGAGAACCUCAAAGCUCUGCUUUCAGUGAGAAACUGCAGACACACAAUUGGACUGUAAACUACGCCCCUGAUCCGCACAAUGUUUACUGGGAGCAUCUGUCCUUGGGGGGAUUCUCGUGGUGGAUCCGCUGCUUGAUCAUCAAUUGUGUCCUCUUCUUGCUCCUCUUCUUCCUCACCACCCCAGCCGUCAUUAUCUCCACCAUGGACAAGUUUAAUGUCACCAAACCAGUGGAGUACUUAAACAAUCCAAUUAUUACUCAGUUUUUCCCCACCCUCCUCCUGUGGUCUUUCUCUGCCUUACUUCCGACAAUUGUUUACUACUCUGCCUUCUUUGAAGCCCACUGGACCCGGUCUGUAGAGAAUAGAACCACUAUGCAUAAAUGCUACACUUUCCUAAUAUUCAUGGUCCUCCUACUGCCAUCCCUUGGUUUAAGCAGUUUGGAUCUUUUCUUUCGAUGGCUUUUUGACAAAAGUUUCUUGGCAGAUGCUAAAGUGAGGUUUGAGUGUGUCUUCCUUCCUGACAAUGGAGCCUUCUUUGUGAACUAUGUCAUUGCAUCUGCAUUUAUUGGAAAUGCCAUGGACCUGCUCAGGAUCCCUGGUCUGCUUAUGUACAUGAUUCGUCUUUGCCUGGCUAGAUCUGCAGCUGAACGUAGGAAUGUCAAGAGGCAUCAAGCUUACGAGUUCCAGUUUGGCGCGGCUUAUGCGUGGAUGAUGUGUGUCUUCACAGUGGUUAUGACCUACAGCAUCACCUGCCCCAUCAUUGUCCCCUUUGGGCUGAUGUACAUGCUUCUCAAACACCUAGCAGACAGGUACAACAUGUACUAUGCCUACCUACCUUCCAAACUGGACAAGAAAAUACAUUCUGGAGCGGUCAACCAAGUGGUGGCUGCUCCAAUUCUUUGCCUUUUCUGGCUGCUGUUCUUCUCCACGAUGCGUUCUGGUUUUUCAGCUGCUAUCCCCAUGUUCACCUUCAUAGUUUUGAUCAUCACAAUUACUGUCUGCCUUUCUCAUGUCUGUUUUGGACAUUUCAAAUAUCUCAGCGCUCACAACUAUAAGAUUGACACAGGAGAAUUGGAGGAGACGGAGAAUGGUCAGGUAGAGUGCACGACUGACUCCAACAAAGCAGCACAAAUGUACAUUGCUCUGGUUCUGCAAGAUCGAAACUCAGAGGAAGCCGGAUCAGGCAGCGGCGAGGAGGACGGUCAAGGCUCGUCACAGGACGAGGAAAUAAUUAACGUGGAAAAUGGUCUGAACGAGGACUUUCAGUCUGGAGAAGACAGCCUCAUUGAUAAUGAAGUGAGACACUGACAGACCGAAGAUUAACUUGACAGGAGUGCACUCAAUAAAUGAACUAAACAGGAAAUUGAAACCACCAAGUCCACCAAAGCAUCCCAACCUUGGUGGAGAGACUCCAUGAACUAACAGUCGUGCAUAGUCUACUAAUGAUGACAUGGAUUCUUACAUUUACAGUACUUCACCAGGUCUCUUCAAAGACUACUACCUGCACAAGCAAUGCAUGUCCUGCAAAGUCCUUCAGAUCAGCGCAGUGGAAAGACACAAAUGCUUAACGGAAUCUUUGGGCAUCUCCUGGAAGGGAAGUGCUGCUCUGCUAGUUGUCUCAACAUUCUUGCACUUGAAAAGAGACGACUUGUCUAGUAAGGCGCCGUCACACGGCAUGCUUUCAUGUUGAAAAGACGAGAUGAUGUUCCCCAAAUACUCUGCCGCCGUCCCUAAAUGUGGCUUUCAAAGACGAUGUAGUGUUCCCAACAUCCUCAUUGAGUCAUUUAAAGAAGAAACCUCUCUACAGAGCACUAUUUCUUCUAGCACAUUGUCAACAAGUAGUCUCGUGGGGCAUUUAUUAGAACACAUAAAUGUAGCGUAGAAGAUGACCUGAUAUGUUAGCACACUACGUUUACUAAGACAUGCAGCCAGUCGGACUGCUGUUGAACUGCUGCUACAAGAGGACUUUGAGUUGAUUUGGACAUAGAGAGUUGCUAUACUAGUCUGUUAUGAUACUCACUGUCAUUGUUUUUUUUUGUCCUCAUCAGUUAUCUUUUUUUUUUUUUUGCCUAUAAGUUUA